AUGGGGUCGGCCAAACAGCUGUCGAGCAACAAGACGGUGCAGAUUCUAGCAAAGGCUGAGAAAGAAGGCUAUGGAGUGCUCGCAGCCAUAGCAUACAAUAUCGAACAAGUCCUCGGCCUUAUCAAGGCUGCCGAGAAUGCUCGAUCGCCAUUGAUAUUGCAAUUCUUUCCUUGGGCAAUCACCUUCAGCAAUGGACUUUUAAUCAAGACCGCGGCCAUCGCAGCGAAUGAUGCGACUGUUCCCGUUUCAAUACACCUAGACCAUUGUCAAGACCAGGACAGGGUUCGAUAUGCUGCUGACGAGCUUCCAUUUGAUUCGAUCAUGGUCGAUAUGUCGCACUACGAGAAAGAAGAAAACCUGGCGAAGACCAAGGAGCUGGUAUCCUAUUGCCAUGAACGAGGCAUCUCCACGGAAGCAGAGCCAGGUCGUAUUGAAGGGGGCGAAGAUGGCAUCGCGGACACAGCCGAUUUAAGUGGCGUACUCACAACUCCGGACGAAGUUGCUGAAUUCAUUGCCACUGGUGUCGAUUUCCUGGCUCCAGCAGUCGGAAAUGUUCACGGAGAGUAUGGGAAGCGUGGACCUGUGCUUGAGUAUGACCGAUUACAGUCCAUCUCAGAGCACUGCAAACGAGAGGAUAUCCGAGUGGUAUUGCACGGCACUAACGAUUUCCCGGAGGAUAUCAUGAACGCUUGCAUCAAGAGAGGUGUUUCUAAGAUCAAUGUCAACAAACUGGUGUUGGAAGACUACACGGAAUACGUGCAGAAAGAGGCAGCGACCACGCCGAUCACGAAAUUGAUGGAAGAGAGCGUGCAGAAGGUGGUUCAGUUGACUGAGGUGUGGAUGCAUAGGAUAGGAAGUGCAGGCAAGGCGUAG